AUGUGUGAGAUUUUGCACAUUCAGGGAGGUCAACGUGGGAACCAAAUAGGAGAUAAGUUCUGGGAAGUUAUCUGUGCCGAGCACGACAUUGAUUCCAUCGGAAGGCAUCAAGGCGAUAAUGAUCUUCAAUUGGAGCGCGUAGAUGUGUACUAUAACGAAGCCAGCUGCGGAAGGUUUAUUCCACGCGCCGUCCUCAUGGAUUUGGAGCCGACAACCAUGGAUAGUGUUAGAUCCGGGCCUUAUGGUCAGAUUUUUCGGCUCGAUAACCUCGUCUUUGACAGUCCGGUGCUGGUAACAACUGGGCCAAAGGAUACUACACAGACAGGGCAGAACUUAUUGACUCGGUUCUCGAUGUUGUGA